CACCGGCGUAGUGCGAUGCCGACGCCGUGCGCGAUCAGCGACUGCGCCAAGUUUGCCAAGGUCCACGCUCUCUGCCUCGUGCACGCGCGCGUCCUCUCGCUCGUUGCAUCGACCGCCACGUCGCCGACCACAUGCACCAAGACGCACCGCCUCUGCAGCGAGCGCGGCUGCGCGUCGCAUGCGCGCCGGCUUGGCAAGUGCUCUCGCCAUGGCGGCGCCAGACUAUGCAGCGUGCAUGGGUGCGCGACGCCGGCGCAAACCACCGGCAAAUGCCGGCUCCACGGCGGUGGCACGCUCUGCAAGCAGCUCGGCUGCACGUCAUUUGCACGCACAGGCGGCUGGUGCGCACCCCACGCGCGGUCCCACCGCACUCCUCUCAACUCGGUCGCGAGCGAUUCGUAACACGCAUAACGUAUAUUCCAUGCGCUCUCGGGUGUGUUGGAGCUACGAGCAUGCUGCUCAACGGAGAACUGGGCGGAGAUCUUGUAUGU